GAUAAUUGAAGAGGCAUAAAUUUCUUCCCUCAUUCUGUUUGCAGUUCCACUUGACUUUGAUUUUGAUGUUAAAGUAUUAUUAAUCAUGAAAGUAACAUAUAAACCCCUUUUUUUUGUUGCUUACUUUCUGCAUAGUUUUCCUUUCUGUCUUUUAUGUGCUCAGUCUAUAUAUAAGGUUUUUAGAACUGUUUCCUGUUGUUUGUGCAGGAGUCUGGCUCUGUGAGGUGUUGCCUUAAUUGGUUUUUAGAUGCUGUCAUGAAUAACUCAGAUAAAUAAUACAAAUAAGGCUUGGAGUUUGUCACUGCUUUUCUUUACUCUUCAGCUUUGAGCUUUUCACUCUCGUGCUGUGUCUGAAACAAAUUUAGUCCUUGUCUGAUGUUUUCUCCCUCUUUGAAGUAAAUGCCUUCAAAAUAAGCCCCCUCACUUUUCAUUUCCUUAACGUUUGUGAGCUGUUGUCAUGUGUGAGUUAGACAUAUCUUAGAGAUGCUUUUGCAAAGUUUGCAAAUUACUUGUGGGACAUAAAUGUGUUAUGGGAGUAUCCAGGAAAGCACAGCCAAUAUCAUGUGGUGAAGGUGAAAUCUCACUGGAUGUCCUAGAAAAGUUCUGAAUCUCUUCUGCCUUAACCACCCUCUGGAUUGUGUCAAUUUGUGCAUGAGAUCUCUUCUUUUACCACAAAAGCAAAUGAAUUUGGUGUUGGUGAUAUAAUAAUGGAACUGUGAACUUCUUCCCAGGAUGGGAAUUCUUCAUUUUAAUGUCUCACUGGGACACUUUUGUGCAGCUGAAUUUGCAUUUUCAAAGUAACUUAGAAGAGAAAUGCUCAGUGGUGCUUCUGUUUCUCUCACUGGCUGAAAGUAACUUGGAAGCUGAUUUGCAGUGAAUAAUCAGUGAAGACUCACAGCAUUUUCUGGAAUAUUGCAUGAGCUCAUCAUGAAGAUCUGUCUCCUGCAGCAGGUGUACAAGGAUGUCCUGGCAGGCGUUCCCCUGGCAAGGGAAAGCCAUCAUUAUUCCUCCUUAAUUAAUCUGGGCGUGGAGAAGCCACCAGAAGGAGAUGAAUCCUGUCAUCAGAAGCAUCUGCCACCUACUGCUGGUGAUGGGAGCCAUCAGGACACUGAUAUGUCAGGUGUUGUCCCUGCAACAGAUGAUUUAUCCAACAGCUUUGCAAACAUGAGCUCCUCGUUGUGCCCACGGGAGGUGAUGCUGCUGCAGCUCACCUUGAUCAGAAUGAUGGUGGCCAAAGCAGAGUCCCAGGAGAUUGAACUGCACGUGAGACAGAAGUACUGUGAAAUCUUUGUUCUUCUUCUAAAGGAGGCAAAAAUUGACUCAAAAUUGAUUCACCUGCUCGGUUGUGACGAUCGGCUGUUGUCUCACAUGGCCUCCCAAAGUUUAGCAGCUCUUGUGCAUUUCCAGCUGAAGGAGGAGGACGCCUUAAACGUGCCGUGGCUGAGCUUCACCCUGAGCUCGCUGCUGGCAUUCCCCGGCAGUGCCCGGGUGCCCGCUUGCCUGUGGACUCUGGCAGCGAUCCUCAAGGAGACGCUGAAGGACGCGCCCGUGGCCGCUGCAGGUAUUCUGAAGAAGUUGUUGGCUCCUCUUGAUGCAGUGCUUGAAGGAUUUUAUAAUGCCAUCCUGCUCCAUCAUUUUGACAGUCACCACUACACUUCACCUUAUUCUGAAGCAACAAACAAUCUGAUCAGUUUUAUAGAUCUGCUUGAAGCACUUGUGGCUUCCAGAAUUGAGCUGGAAUUACCUCUCAGGUGCCAGAGAAUUUUAUUUUUGAAAGCUUCUUAUGUCCUCAACGUUAUUAGUUCAUCAAUUCCUUAUGUAAUCAAGAAGAAAUUCAUUUUGCUCCUUAAAAAAUGUGUCCUUUACAAGUCCAGAGAAGAUGCUAAAAGUGGAUCACUGUUUUUAGGAACCCCAUCUUUGUGUGAGGAUAUGCUUGCACUGAGUAAUGCUGUUCUGCAGGUUGUGAAUUUGACUUGGCUUAAUCAGAUCCCACUCAGUGGAAAGUCCAGCUCCUUUGGAAGCAGUGAAGCUGCUCCUGGACACGAUUCUCAAAGUGGUUCUGACCAAACUGUUCUCAGAGCCUUAAGUCUGGUUGUACUUAAAGCACUGGAAUUCAAGAUUCACAAUUCUGCAACAGAAGCAGAAAUCAAAGGAGACUUUGAGAGUUCCAUGUCCCAGCUGUUGAUGUUCUGGAGGAGUCAUGUAAAGCCUUCCCCACAGUCUCACCCAGUUGUGCAUCACUGUGAAUGGCUCUCCUUGGUUUUUAUGGAGCAAGAUGAUGACAUGUGGGAAGCUGCUAAAGCUUUAUUACUCAUCUAUUUAAAAUUUGAUAGGUUCCGGUGUGAUGCUGCUGAUAACCUCAGCCAAAAAGAGGAGGAAUCCUGGCAGUUCCUUGUGCAUGCAGGUGGAUAUAACCCACACUGUAUCUUUUUAUUUUUUCUAGAAAAGAUUGCAUUUGAUUCUACAGUACUUCUAGAUUUUUUGAUUUCAUCAGAAACUUGCUUUCUGGAGUACUUGGUCAGGUACUUAAAGCUCCUUGGGAAGGAGUGGCAGCAGUUUGUAGAUGUCUGUAACCAUUUCGACACCAGGCACAGCACUUUCCACCCAGUCUGUUCUGUCAAGCCACCCCACCGAGAAAAGCAGAGCUGCGUGACUGGGGAGAGUUUGCAAAAUGCUGUUUGUGAUGCACAAGUACAGACUCCGAGCUCUUUGGCUCCUCCUCACGAGGGGCCGGUGUUUACAGCGCAGCAGGGUGAUAAUGGGGCUGCGGAGUGGAGCCUGUCUGACUCACUGACCGGCACUGAUAGCGCGUCCCUGCCUGCUUCUCUUCAAAGCCUGCUUAAUUAUGACAGCUCAGAGGACUCGGAGGUGGAAUCAGAUGGAAAAGAGUGCUUGGUAAACACAAAGCAAUUGCCUUCCAACAAUGAGGGUGAGCUGAGCAGGAGGGAAACUGGUUGCAGCUGCAGAGAUGAUGAGAGGAAUCCACGCACACCUGAAGUGUCACCUCCUAAACCAAGGGGAGCUCCUACCUCAUCCUGUUGGACUUGCAUGGCAUCUUCAGAUAACAUUGCACCCCUAAGAGUAAUGCUUUCCAAAUCAACCAAGUGUUUGGAAGAGUUGCAAGAGGCUAUUUCUAGGUUGCAGAGGAGAAAUCUUUUCCCAUACAAUCCAUCUGCAUUGUUGAAACUGCUGAGCCAUGUUGAGAAGAUGAGUAAAUCCAUGAAUCUACCAUAAUUCCAAGUGUUCUUGUGGGUUUUUUAAACAGGGAAUAUUUCCCUGAGAUAAUCACUUCUAAAUCUCAUGCCUCUUGCACUAGUUUGUGCAUUUGACCUCAGGCAGGGUAAACAUGGAUUUUGUUGGCACCCUAAAGUUCUGGAAUUGCAUCCAGUGAUGUGAUCCAUGACCUGAGGGUCCUAAGCUCAUUCAUGAUGUGUAUGUCAGUGUACAGUAUAUAAGGAUUAGUAGUUGGAUAUUCAGCAUUUUAUAAUAAAUAACUCAUGUGAAAGCAUUUCAAGAAUAUAUCUUAUUUAAAGUAUUGUCUAUUAUACUUAAUGUCGUUCUGGUUUUGAGUUCAUUGCCAGAUUGGUGUUGAUUUAUGGACAACAGGGCAAAGUUAAUGCAACACUUUGCUUAGGAGUUGGGCUAAAUAAAAUAAUAUAGCUGGGGACAGUUUA